AUGGCCAAAAAGGAUUCAGUGACAGAGGCCAUACAACUUGAGAGUGGCAAAGAUGAUAAGCCUCGACACAAUGAAAAGGUACUUUUCGCAACGACAAUUAAUGCCAACGACCUUCAUCCUCUUGCACGGAAGGGUCAUGUAGACGAUGCUUACGACUUUCUCAAAAAUGUGUCCGACCAGGAGGCGGCCGGCGUGGACCUCAAGCGCUUGCGCAGGAGAAUUGACCUGCAUAUCAUGCCCAUCAUGUUCGUGCUCAUGGGACUUCAAUUCCUGGACAAGUUCCUCCUUAACUACGCUAUUAUCAUGGGCUUGCCAGAGGAUCUGAAGCUCAAGGGCAACGAGCUGAACAACGUCGCUUCAUCUUUGUGGUGGGCGUAUCUGGUCGCCUCUGCAGCAGUCGGUCUGGUCCUCAACAAAGUGCCCUUGGGCAAAUGGCUCGGUGUCAGUAUGUUUCUCUGGGGCAUCAUCAUCGCAUUGACAGCAGCGGUGAAAAAUUAUGCCGGCAUGAUGGUCAUACGGAUCUUCAUGGGGGUUUUCGACGCAGGUAUUCCACCCGCGCUUAUGCUGCUCAGUAGUCAGUACUAUCGCAAGGACGAACAAAUGAUCCGAUAUGCGUACUGGUUCAGUAGCAUCGGUAUCUGCCUGAUUCUCGGGGGCCUGAUAUCGUAUGGCUUUCAGUUUGUGCACACCGUGACUUUGGAAGGAUGGCGCAUUAUGUUCCUUGCUCUGGGCCUCCUCAGCGUAUGUGUCGGCAUGUGGACCUUCUUCUGCCUGCCCGACACACCGAUGAAUGCCAAAUUCCUCACCGACGUCGAGAAGAAGGCCAUUCUCCAGCAUGUCGCCAUCAACCAGACCACAAUCAGCAGCCGCAAGAUCGAAUGGAGCCAACUCAAGUGCAUAUUCUCCGACGUCCAGGUGUGGCUCCUUGUCAUGAAUGUCGUUUUCGUGUCCGCCGGAUCAGGCAUUCUCGGCACGUAUGGCUCAAUGUUGAUCACGAGCUUUGGCUACACUUCCAAGCAAGCAGCUCUGCUCAACACUCCUGGCGGUGCGAUCGCCUUCAUUUUCACGAUUCUAGCUGCCUUGGCAGUCCGGCACCACAUUUUGCACCGUUGGGCCGUGUCCAUCAUUGGCUAUUGCCUAUCACUACUCGGAGCAUGCAUGGUUGCUUUCGCACCACGGGACAACAAAGGCGUCAUGCUCGCAGGUAUCUACAUGGUGGCAUUCUCCGUGCCCACCGUCGCCAUCAAAUAUCAAUGGGUUUCGGCGAACGUGGGAGGCUACACGAAACGCACCUGUACUAUGGCAAUUAUGAGUGGUGCCUUCUCGAUCGGCAACAUUAUUGCUCCUUAUGCCGUGCAGCCUACCGACGCACCGGAGUUCCGCAUUGCGAAGAUAGUCCUCGUGUCGACAAAAUCCGUGGCGACAGCGGUGAUCGGAUUCCUCGCUUUGUACUACCUAUGGGCAAAUCGCCGACGAGACAGAUUGUAUGGCAAGCUUCCAUCUGUCGACGAGACUGCGGAGGAGUAUGGGGAGUUGUGGAAGAAUGAGACUGAUAAGGAGAAGGAGAAGACCUUCCGAUAUGUGUACUGA